UCAUCGAGGACGGAUCAUUUCCUAUGCAAAUUGUUUACUGCCUUGUGAGAUGUAAGAAAACAGCGAUAACAGCAAAAUCGUUCCGCUUUAAACAAAACAAUUCAACUGACACGGACAGCACCAUUAAGCAAUAAGAAUAAAAACAGUUAAACGGAAGAGAGAAGUAGGUAAUUUCGUGUAUCUUACCUCAUGUGACAGUUGCCACGAACCAAAGCCAACGAUGAUGGAGAUUUCCAUGAAGUUUGGGAAUCACACUGUCAGAAUAAGGAACUGCUGGCAGAAUAUGCUGAUGCAAUGCACCAGUUGGCAACAGACCAUUGGGAACGGAAGCGAGAAACACGUAUUGAUUGGUGCUAUGAAACAAUCAUGUCAUAUUUUCAUCAUGGUGGAUUGAAAAAGAUUUUUGAAAAAGAAAUUAAAAAGUUAGGCCUGGCGAAGGCAGAAUCAAGUGAUGCAACAGUAGCAUUAGAUCAAAGUUCAGAUGCAUCGUUUGUGCACAUGAGGGACACCACUGAGAAUCUGAGUCAAAAUUCGAGUUCUAACUCAACUAGUUGUGAUAUGUCGACCGCAAAUGCUGUUGUUUUUAAUUCUGUCGAUUUUGAGGACAGUUCUUGGGAAGAAAUUUCUAUAAAUGUAGUUCCAAGUCUGGAUAACAGUGAUACUGCUAACCAAUCACAAGAUAACGCUAAAACGAACCAGACCAGAAGUUUAGAUUCCGCUAAAACAAAUACGAUCAGAAGUUUAGAUUCUUCUAAAACAAAGAAGACCAGAAGUUUAGAUUCUGCUAAAACAAACAAUACCGGCAGUUUAGAUUCCCAAGGAAGGAUUACCAGUUCUGAUGUUCCACAUGUUUCUUCAUUAAUGGAUUCUAUUCUUCAAGACUGUAAUGCCAGUUCCAUUAAUUCUGAAAGUAUUGAAAGUUCAGAGGAAUCGGCUGUGCUGAUUAUUUCUGAUACUGAAACUAAUAGUGAAAGUUCAAAUGGUACCAAUAAAGAACAGAAUCAUACUUCCAAUCAACCUUGCCUAUUAUAUAAUCAAAUAACUCUUCCAUUUAAAGGCAAAAUCCGUCUGCUAGAUGUGGGUAGCUGCUACAAUCCUUUUAUUGAGUUUGAUGAGAUACAUGCUGUUGGUAUUGAUAUCAGUCCAGCUAAACCAAGUGUUUAUCAUUGUGAUUUCCUCAAUCUAGAAACAUCGGAACCACUACAGUUGGCUGCCGAUACCCUGGAUACUUAUAUCAGUGGUUUAAAAGAUCCAAUCGAAAAACUUCCACGGGAUAUUUUCCACGUCUGUGUAUUUUCAUUACUGUUAGAGUAUUUUCCGUCACAUUAUCAACGUUGGAUGUGUUGUCAAAAAGCGUGGGAGCUGCUUGUUUUGAAUGGAAUUUUAAUCAUUAUAACCCCGGACUCGCACGGCCAGCAUCGAAAUGCCCCGAUGAUCAAAAGCUGGAAAAUGGCCAUUGAAUCAAUGGGUUUUAAGAGAUGGCGUUACGUGAAGAAAGAACACAUACAUUGUAUGGCAUUUAGGAAAGUUGAAAAACCAGAAAAAAAUGAUUGUCUUAUUAGUGAUGUUACCCCAGAUCUUAUGUACAUUCCUCAAGAUUAUAAAAACUCGGAAUAUGGUGAAUCGUUUAAACCUUAUGCACCUUUUACUGUCGAGGACGAGGAAUUCUUUCGAGCGACUAUGCAAGAAUUGCCCGUUUAUCCUUCUGAUGACGACAGUAUUGAGACCAGUGAGGAAUAUAUUCAAUAAUUAUUCCAUUCAUCAUUUUUUUUCAUUAUUUUAUUUAUGUCCAAUCUAAUUAAAACACAGAUCCUAUUUCGUUUUCCUUAUUAUAAUUCAAUAUUUUGUUUUACUUGUUUACCCUACACCAGGAUCUGAUGUGAUGUUAAGUUGAGUUGCUAUUAGGUCAUGUACAGAAAAAAAAUGUAUUUUCGAAUAGUUACUUGGAACACUGACCCUGAUUGGUUAAUUAAAUGACUGACAUCAUAUGGUCAAAAGUAGCUUAUCCUGACGUGACCUCUGAAAUAACUGAUCAGAUCUUCAUACAGUAGAGGCCAUCGAAAGUAUAAAAGUAGGAGUGUAAAUAUAGAUCUGUAUUUUAAUCAAAUUUAUCUGUGUCAUACAUGGAUAAAGUAGAUUGAAGAAAGCUCCAACCCCUCGGGCCUCUUUUUCAUAAUCCGUCUAAUACCGGUAGGAGAAAAAAAAGAAUUUUGUACAUUGUUUUAAGAUUUCAACAUAUCAACUCUGACAACUGCUGUACAUGUAUUUUUUUUUUAUAUAGAAAAAUAACAAAUUGUACUUUAUGUGGUUUUAAAGUGGCAUAGUACUUAGAUGUAGAUUUACAGAGAUAAAAUGAUUGUUUGGAAUUUUCAAAAUAUCAACCCUGACAAAUGCUGAAAAUCUUUUUUAUAUAUACAGAAAAAUUACAAAUUAUAAUUCUUGUGGUUUUAAAUUGGCAUAAGUACUUAGAUAAAAAAAAAAAAAAGAAUCUGUCAUAGUGCAUAAAAAUGUGGGCUUACCAACUGUAAUCUGCAUUUUAUUUCUGUGCAUGGAUCAAACAUAAGGGGAAGAGUAGGCCUAUCUGAGACUGUUGACAUAUUGUAUGUGGACAUUAGAUUUUUUUGGUGCAAGCUCUUCAGAAUCAGUUUAAUGCUGGAAUCAGUAGAUGUACACUUUGUUUUGAAACCUAUUUUAAAAUAUUUUUAUAUCAGGCCAUAGAAAAAAUUUCUGGUUCUCAGAUAUCGCUGUGUGGCUUAAGAGGGUCUGCUUGGCCUGUUUUUAUUUGAAAAAUUAAAGAUGAAAAAAAUCCUUAUUGAUGACCUCGUGUUGAUGUGACUCAUUAACUGCUUAAUUUUUAAAGAUGUUUAGGUCCAAUCUGUAGUGGAUGACAAUUGUCCUGUGAAUUACGCCUAGGAGAACGAAAUGUCUGAAAUUAUACUCAUUGGGAGAUGGGAGAAGCAAAAUUCAUAUUGGAUAAAAAAAUCUGUGCUUUCGUCACUUUACCCAGACAAAAAUUUAAGAAUUAGUAUAUUCCUGUAAACAUUAUGAAUAAACAGAUGAUGAUAUAAAUUUAGUACCUUGGAAUGUGAUGUUUGUGAUCAAACAUUAAGUUAUACGUAAUUUGAUCAAAUUUAAACAUAAAAAUAAACACAUCCCUUCCACAUCAGAUUUGUCUGAGAACCUGAUUUUCUUUUUAGAAGGGCCUUUAUAAUGCCUUUAUGGUUGUGUUAAAGAUAUAGUUUUUGUUAUAUAUUAAUUUUAUUGUAUGUUUUUAUUUUAAUCUGCUUUGUGUGAAUAUUACUGUACUGCUGAUCCCCGGUGCCACCUCAAUAUUAUGAAAUUAUCGAAAUAUGAAAAUUAGUACAUUUUAUCUUAAGGCCAAACCAAUUUUGCUUCAGGAACAAAUAUAUUUGGCUGCUUUUCUCAAAUAUUUUUUUAAGUCCAAAUAUUUAACUUUUGAAACAGAAAAUUAAAUAGGUUUGGCCAUUAUGUAUUUCUUUAAAACAUGUAGUUUGAACACACACAUCCUGUUGGGUAGCAGUAAUAUUUACACAUGUUUAUACAAUGUACCUUAAUUCAGCGUGCUUGUUUUUUAUACUCUAAUUAAUUUUAUUAUAAUGAAUUUGAUAUUUGACACAUGUAAAUUGAUUAUGUGGUACUUGGAAAUAGGGUUUUAAAACAGUGGUUCCUUUAAUUCUAUCUAUUAACAACUAAUAGAUCACCAACUUAAAAGGGUAUUAUGCAACAGUAAAUCUGCCUAUUGCAGGUCUUUCUUUAGGGGUAAAAUGUUAUCUAAAUUAUUAAUUAGACAUUAAUUAACUUACCAAGACUAUAAUAAACCCUCGAUAUUUAGUAGAUUUGAAUAUGUUUCGCGGUUGGUGAAAUAACUGUAAAAUGCAUAAUCAAGACUUUUAUUAUCGUAACAACGCUAGCAAUCGAGGCUACAGUGUUAGUGUAUCACUGAUAACAGGCUCAGAGUGAAGUAAUUUAACUGUAAUCUUCAACAUGUCCCCAUUUCAUUAUCUAUUUUUGUACACCCACAUUUUCAUUAAGACAUAUAAUAUGAUCGCUCCUGUCUAUCCUUGUUCCCUGACAAGGACAGCUGUCUAGUCCUUUGGAUGAGACGAAAAACCGAGGUCCCGUGUAUACAUUGGAAUGCACGUAAAAGAUCCCUUGGCAGUUGGAAUUCGAUAUAAGAGUAGGCGAUAGUGCCGCUGCCCGGGCAAAAUUUCCCUCAUAGCACACUGUAUGGCGUAUGCCCGUCUUCAUUAGCCCAGUAUAGGAGCAGAACAGUAGGACGUUAAACCCCAUUUCAUUUCAUUUCAUUUCCAUCUGUUCACAUUUGUUUGUGGACACUUUACAGGUUACAAUUUUAUCCGAUUGUGAUGAAACUUGAAAUAUAGGUCUGACUCCCAAAGAUCUUGAUUCCUUUUGAUAUUUGCAUGGCCCCUGAUUGUACAAAAAAUCAUGUUUUUAGCUUGUGAAAACUCUAGAGGUCACAAUUUUCAUCUGAUUUUGAUGAAACUUGAAAUGCAUGUUAAUAACCCACAGAUCUUGGUGCCUUUCGAUAUUCGCAUAAUCGGAUCGUAAAUUCCGGAAUUAUGGCCCCUAAUUGUAUGAAAAAUCACAUUUGUUUGUGGACACUCUACAGGUCACAAUUAUUAUCUGAUUUAAAAAACGUUUUAAUAUAUCACCGUUACAUCGUAAUAUCGGUUGAGUUCGAAUUUCCUGAAAAUCUGACCAAAAACGGCCGCCCCUUGUAAGCAAAUAGUGUAACUAUAUGGUAUAUCAAGGAUGUGGACCCUUGUAAAAAUAUGGUAUAUCAUGGUUAUGAAAACUCUAUAGGUCAAAAUUUUGAUCUGAUUUUUAUGAAACUUGAAAUACAUGUCUAUAACUCAAAGAUCUUGGUUCCUUUCGAUAUUCGCGCAUAUCGGAUUUUAACUUUCUUAAUGGUCCUUGAUUAUACGAAAAAUCGUGUUUUUAGCUUGGGGUCCCUCUAGAGGUCACAAUUAUUAUCCGAUUUUAAAACUGUUUAAAUAUAUCACCAUUCCACCAUAAUGAAGGUUGAAUUCGAAUUUCGAGAAAAUCGAAACGAAACUCCCCAACAAAAUGGCAGCUGCAUGCAAAUUGUGUAAAAGUAUGUAAUGUGAAGGUUGUGGAUCCUCUAGAGGUCACAAUUUUUAUCCGACUAUGGCCCCUGAUUGUACGAAAAAUCAGUUUUGUUUUUAGCUUGUUCUCUAUCCAUCUCUUCAAAAUGUGGGCGUAUCUUGCCUGGCAACCGCUGAUUUAACUAUUAUAGCAAGAACUGUCAGCUCUUUAUCUAAUCUUACCUAAUGCCCCUUUAAUAACUAGAAAUAUGAUUUUAAAGGAGUGGUUUCUUUUAUUCCAUUUGUUAAAGAUGGGUUCCCAGAAAAGUAUUUAUCGGGUGGUUAUUUCCAAUAAAUGUAUGGCAAUUUUGGUAUAUAUGGAAAGUAGAGAUAUCCAAUCUUACUAGAAAAAUACUGGAUUCCCCGAAAAACAUUCAUGGAGCGUAUACAGGACAAAAAUGUAAGGGUUCCCCUAAUCGACGGGCUGUUGAUUAGGAACAUUGAGCGCUUGAUGUACAAGUUGAUAAACUUUAUGAAGAGUUAGACGUACAAUACUUUCUGAGAUAAAAAUGACGGAAAAAGACGCGGGUAGUGGAUAAUUCGAGAAUUUAAUUAGAAUUCGAUAUUUGUAAUAAAUAGUGAGCGAUUAAAGACAACAUCGUCUUAUGUAUGCAAUGAAUUCUCCUCUGACUCCCAAGACGUGACGUAAACAUGACCUGGUUUGAUCGAAUUUUAAUAGCAGGGCAUUCCUUCGCAAUUACAAUGUUUGAGAAGGAUUUGAAGCAUAAUUAUGACAAAUUAAUUAGUUUGAAUAUGUUUUUGGUCCAUAUAUACCAUUAAAUCACCAAGUUUGUACGCGGGAACCCAUCUUUAACAAUUAAUAGAUCACUAACUUAAAAACUAGAUUUAUGAUUUUAAAGGAAUGGUUUCUUUAAUUCUAUUUAUAAAUACAUAGGCUAAGCCUGUUCCCCAAUCCCAUUCAGACAUCCUGAAUAAAGAUAUUGUUUAUUAAAAAAAAUAAUAAAUAAUUAAUAGAUCACUAGCUUAAAAUACUUUUAUCAAAUUUCUAGUUAUGACCUCACGAGCCCCGCUCUCAGAUAAAGAAAACAUGUGACCAGGAUUUUGCUCCAGAGAGAAUCCUUGUCCCUUUGUUAUGUCAACAAAAGCCCUCAAUGCAAUUUUGUUUCUUUCAUCAGCACAUGCUAUCAUGUUACUGUCAGUGUUAAACAUAUAUUUCCUGCCCUAUCAUACUCUCUAUCAAGCCCACAUAAUCUGUUAGGCCGUAAACACAUCUAAAUUGUACUAUAUACAGUAACAUCAUUUUAACUAGCAUUUCUUCAGCUUUUCAUCUAUAUAUUUUUAUACGCCCACAUGGAAAUGUGGUUGUAUAGUGCCGUCGACCCCGUCCGUCUGUCAGUCCGUCCGUUGUCCACACUUUCUUGUUAACACUCCACAGACUCAUCCGAUUGAUUUGAAAUUGAAAUUUGUUGUUUACAUUAGUGAGAUGAAGAAUCCUAUUCAAUUUCCGUUAAUUUCUUCUUGAGUAGUUAUGGCCCUUGUUUCACUUUGUUGAAACUUGUGAAUGCUCCAGAUAACAGUUAAUCAUGCCAUGGGUUGUUGCCCUUGAUCAGUUUUUAUUGUCUUGUUAAUGCUGACAUAACCUACAAAAGAAUAUAUAUUUGAAAGUCUCUAUAGACCUCUUGGAAACUUAACUGUUAUGGAUGUAUGUUUUAUUACCGCCAACCUAUCUUUCUUGUCAUUAUAGUUUUUUUGGUAUGUAAAUAAUGGAAUAAAAGGGCAAUAUAGAUGAUAGUAAGGUAAUAACAAAUUUGUGUUGAAAAGGAUGAUUGUGGCAUGAAGAUUAACUUAAAAUGACUAGAUCUUUUCUCAUAACUAUCAAAAUACCAUACCAGAUCAACCCAAUUCAGUACUUAGUUGUUACAAGAUUUAAUAAUUUGGCUCCUUUAAGCCACUUUAGGCAUUCUUAUUAUUAAUGUAUAUUUUUGAAAAUGAUUAUCCUAGCAUUUAUACAAGGGGAUUACAAUAAGUUGUGGGCAUUCAUAGUCUUAUUUUAACAAUUUGCAAUAUAUACCUACUGUUACUGAAUGGGUGGUUAUCCCCCUCCCCACCAACCUCUUGUAUUCUAUCUUUUUAUAGUGGAAUACUACUUGGGGUCACAAAACGUGAAAGUUUCCCCGGUCCCUCUAGUCUAUAUAAAUUAUAUAUUAGGUCAUCACAUCUUAUAUGGAAAAAUCCAAAUGUUGAUACCAGUGAAUGUGUAUACUAAUAAUUGAUAUACAUUUUAUUUAAAUAUAAUAAAAACAUACUA